AUUCCUCUUUCGUCUGAUUUUCAUUAUAAUUUUAUACUUAGAAACACUCUGUGUUUUACUAGUUCAAUAAAAAAAAAAAGCUUCCAAUGGCGGAUGCAACAAAUAAAGCACGUUCAUUGGAGGAGACACCAACAUGGGCUGUCGCAGUGGUGUGUUUUGUGUUGCUUGUUAUUUCAAUCUUCAUUGAACAUGCCAUUCACAUUCUUGGCAAGUGGUUCAAGAAAAGACACAAAACAGCUCUUUAUGAAGCACUUGAGAAGGUUAAAGCGGAGCUUAUGCUUAUGGGAUUUAUAUCAUUAAUGCUAACAGUACUUCAAGGUCACAUAUCGGACAUUUGUAUCCCAAAAAACUUGGCGAACACUUGGCAUCCAUGUGAUAAACAAAGUGAAGGUGCAAAAGUUUCCGGUAGAACACUUGUUGAUUUAACAGAUGAUGAUGAUGAUAGCUUUUAUAUUUCAAGACGCAGUCUUGCAACUUCACAAUAUGAUAAAUGUCAAGAACAGGGUAAAGUUGCACUUGUAUCUGCUUAUGGUAUCCAUCAGCUCCAUAUAUUCAUCUUUGUGUUAGCGGUUUCUCAUAUUCUCUACUGCAUCUUAACCUAUGCUUUGGGGAGAACAAAGAUGAGGAAAUGGAAAGUCUGGGAAAAUGAGACCAAGACCAUCGAAUAUCAAUACUACAAUGAUCCAGAGAGGUUCAGAUUCACAAGGGACACGUCAUUUGGAAAAAGACAUUUGAAUUGCUGGAGUCGUUCAACCUUAUCCCUUUGGAUCAUGUGUUUCUUUAGGCAGUUCUUUGGAUCGGUUACAAAAGUUGAUUACAUGACAUUGAGACAUGGAUUUAUUGUGGCACAUUUGGCACAUGGAAAUGAAACCAAAUUUGAUUUUCAAAAGUACAUCAAGAGGUCAUUAGAGGAGGACUUUAAAGUGGUUGUUGGGAUCAGUCCAAUCAUUUGGUUCACUGCUGUCCUCUUCCUUCUCGCCUAUACCAGUGGAUGGUACUCUUAUUUUUGGCUACCCUUUAUCCCCUUAGUUAUAAUUCUAAUGGUAGGGACGAAGCUGCAAGUGAUCAUAACGGAAAUGGGGCUUAGGAUUGAAGAUAGAGGGGGAGUAGUCAAGGGUGCACCAUUGGUUCAACCGGGUGAUGACCUUUUCUGGUUCGGUCGACCCCGGUUUCUUCUUUUUAUCAUUCAUCUUGUUCUCUUCACGAAUGCAUUUCAACUGGCCUUUUUCGCGUGGAGCACGUAUGAAUUUAGCUUAAGAUCUUGCUACCACGAGAAACUUGAAGAUAUAAUCAUUAGAAUCUCAAUGGGGCUCAUUAUACAGUUUCUCUGCAGUUAUGUGACACUUCCUCUGUAUGCUUUGGUCACUCAGAUGGGAACGAACAUGAGAUCGACAAUCUUUAACGAAAGAGUCGCCGCUGCAUUGAAAAACUGGCACCAAACAGCCAAGAAACACACUAAACAAAGCAACAAGCAGUCUCAUUCUCAGAGCAUGACACCGUAUUCAAGCAGGCCUGCUACUCCGACUCACGGGAUGUCUCCGGUUCAUCUUCUUCAUAACUAUCCUCGAAGUGUCGGAAGUUACCCGACAUCUCCGAGGCAUUCAAACAUCGAGAACGAUCAAUGGGAACUGGAUUCCACACAUUCACCGACACACCAUGUUGAUCAUAGAUCAUUACAGUUGGAGAAGAGGGAAGUUGAUAAAACAGUUGAAGAAUGUAGCUCUUCGCAAAUAGUUGCAGAAGCUCAAACGACACGUACACAACAUGAAAUUGGUAUUAAUUUGUCGGAUUUCUCAUUUGCGAAGAAAUGAUCGAAUCUGGUCCAUGGGACAAUGCACAUCCAUUUCUUAUACAAGUUAUUUAGAGCUGUUUGUUUACGUAGGAUGGCAUGCGACACAAUGCCUUAAGAAAAACACAUUAUGAGUAAUAAUAA